UUUUUAUAUAGCAUACAACUAAGAUAACUUUGAAUAAAUAUUUUUUUAAUUAUUUGAUAACUCGUAGAUUUGUGGUCUUUUGUUGCGAGUUUUCAUUCCGAUAAGUAUCAUUUAUCAUUUGGCGUGAAUAGAAUAAAACAUGAUUUUUCUUAAAGGAACUAGAUUAAUUAGCAUGAAAAUGCUUCCUGGGAGUAUGUUAUCAAGAACUAUGGCAGCGUACUCCACCAAAGUUUCUCUCAAUGAAGUCGUUAUUGCAUCAGCAGUCAGAACACCUAUUGGCUCAUUUAGAGGAAGUCUAGCUAGUGUGUCAGCAACAGAAUUAGGAGCCGUCGCAGUUAAAGCAGCCAUUGAAAGAGCCGGCAUUCCAAAUGAAGAAGUUAAAGAGGUAUACAUGGGCAAUGUUUGUUCAGGGUAUCUUGGGCAAGCCCCUGCCAGACAAGCCGUGAUUUUUGCUGGUCUCCCAAAAAGCACUAUAUGUACCACGGUAAAUAAAGUUUGCGCGUCAGGAAUGAAGUCCGUGAUGUUGGCAACUCAAGGCCUUCAAACUGGUACCCAAGAUGUAAUGCUUGCUGGAGGAAUGGAAUCCAUGUCAAAUGUGCCCUACUAUUUGAAAAGAGGUGAAACUGCUUAUGGUGGAAUGCAACUUGUAGAUGGUAUAGUAUUUGAUGGGUUAACUGAUGUGUAUAACAAAUUCCAUAUGGGAAAUUGUGCUGAGAAUACAGCAAAGAAACUAGAAAUCUCCAGACAACAACAAGAUGAUUAUGCCAUGUCUAGCUAUAAGAAAAGUGCAGCAGCAUAUGAAGCUAAAGCAUUUGCUGAUGAGUUAGUGUCAGUGCCAGUCCCACAAAAGAGAGGUGCUCCUCCAGUUAUAUUUUCAGAAGAUGAGGAAUACAAAAAAGUUAAUUUUGAAAAGUUCAGUAAAUUGGCAACUGUAUUUCAAAGAGAGAAUGGCACAGUUACAGCUGGUAAUGCUUCAACUUUAAAUGAUGGAGCAGCAGCACUGGUAUUAAUGACAGCUGAAGCAGCUCAGAGACUGAAUGUUAAACCCUUGGCUCGUGUUGUUGGUUAUGCUGAUGGAGAGUGUGAUCCAAUAGAUUUCCCAAUUGCACCAGCAGUUGCUAUUCCGAAUUUGUUGAAAAAGACUGGAGUUAAAAAGGAAGAUGUAGCUCUUUGGGAAAUCAAUGAAGCUUUUAGUGUGGUAGCUGUCGCAAAUCAAAAACUCUUAGACCUAGACCCUGCCAAGGUUAAUGUUCAUGGUGGUGCAGUAAGUCUUGGUCAUCCUAUUGGUAUGUCUGGUGCACGUAUAAUUGUGCACUUAUGUCAUGCCUUAAAGAAAGGAGAAAAGGGUGUUGCAUCCAUCUGUAAUGGAGGUGGUGGUGCUUCUUCUAUAAUGAUUGAAAAAUUGUAAGUUUCUGGAUAUCAUAGCAAUGUUUACGGUGUGACACUAAAUUAAAGUGAAAACAAUCUUCAUGAAACUUAAAUUUGUUGUAAAUAAAUUUAAUAUUCUCGAAAGAUUAAAAGAUUAAUCAUUUGUAAAAAGUAUCCGUUAGUGCCUUCUUAAUUUGCUACAAUUAUUCAUAAGUGAAUUUCAUAUUUAUUAUUAAGGUAGCUUUAAGCAAUUGUUUAUAUCACAUUUCAAAAAAUAUAUUGUAGUUUUUUAUUAGAUUAUUUAAAUA